AUGGCUGCAAAAUCACCAGAAGAGGAGCACCCUGUGCCGACCUUCGGAUGGGCAGCUAGAGACUCAUCUGGUGUACUCUCACCCUUGAAAUUCUCCAGAAGGGCAACGGGAGAGGAGGAUAUAAGAUUUAAAGUACUUUAUUGUGGCAUCUGUCACACAGACUUUCACAGGAUCAAGGAUGACUGGGGUGGAACAAAAUAUCCUGUUGUCCCCGGGCAUGAGAUUGUGGGUGUAGCUGCAGAGGUAGGAAGCAAGGUAACAAAAGUCAAAGUUGGAGACAAAGUGGCAGUGGGGUGCUAUGUUGGGUCAUGUGGUUCUUGUGACAAUUGUGCCAAUGACCUUGAAAAUUACUGUCCCGAAAAGAUAAUUACCUACAACGCUACUUAUCAUGAUGGAACCCGCACAUGUGGGGGGUUCUCUAAUGAAAUGGUUGCAACUGAGCACUUUGUGGUUCGUGUUCCAGAGAAAUUGCCACUUGCUGGUUGUGCUCCACUAUUCUGUGCUGGGAUCUCCGUGUACAAGAAAUUGCCACUUGUUGGUUGUGCUCCACUAUUCUGUGCUGGGAUCUCCGUGUACAGUCCACUGAGAUACUAUGGUCUUGACAAACCGGGAAUGCACUUGGGAAUUGUAGGCCUUGGUGGACUUGGUCAUGUGGGUGUGAAAUUUGCAAAGGCUUUAGGGCUGAAAGUGACAGUUAUCAGCACCUCCCCUAACAAGAAGGACGAAGCUAUUACUCAAUUUGGUGCUGACUCGUUUCUAGUUAGCAGUGACCAAGAGCAAAUGAAGGGUGCUAUGGGCACUUUGGAUGGUAUUAUUGAUACAGUCUCUGCUGUUCAUCCCAUCAGGCCGUUGGUUAAUCUUUUGAAGUCUCACUCAAAGCUUAUUCUUCUUGGGGCACCAAACAAGCCGGAUGAACUAUCGUUCUUUCCUUUACUUAUCCUCGGAAGAAAGAUGGUGGGAGGAAGUGCAGCUGGUGGAUUAAAGGAGACCCAAGAGAUGAUUGAUUUUGCGGCAAAACACAAUAUCACUGCUGAUGUUGAGAUUAUACCAAUGGAAUAUGUGAACACAGCAAUGGAUCGUCUCCAUAAGAAUGAUGUGAGAUACCGAUUUGUCAUAGAUGUCGGAAACACCCUGGCUGCCCCCUGA